GCCCGAGGCUGACGCUUACAACUGUACCGUGAACCUAAUUCGAUUAUUAAUUUACUUUUCGAGAAAAGUUGGAUGAGUCGUUCCGCUGUGCGCCAUGUAAAGUGACACCUCUGACACCCAGUGGCUUCCAAGUGGCAAACUUGUCCCAAUUUCCAACUUGGGAUCAAAUGGUUUCAAUGUUAGUCUCACCAACAGAGUCGAGUGAAAACAUGCCUAUGUUCUGUGAGCGUAAUACUUUCGUCCCCAUCGCAUUAAUCCGCACGGAAUAAGAAUUCUGCCUUUUGGGCCCAAAUAGUAGUAGUAAGCGGCAUGCCAUUUGCGCUUGGAUCAGACAGCUAAAGGGGACCUGACUAUAAAUUGGUCUUAUUGAAAUUGCCAGAAUCAACAAACGAGAUUGGGGAGAGCUUCAGCGCCAGACUGACAAGGACUAUUUGCUCUUUCUGUUACGACAAAUUCCGUGAAAGGAGUUGGGACACUUUUCAGUUCCAGAGUUUCAUUACACGGAGGUCGACCAUCUAGUGCUCACCAUUGAUGUGACGUGUUUGUGAUUGAGAGUGAUGCAUGAUGUAACGAUGAAGCCAGUUCGAAUCAACGACAAUGGCGCCUUUGCUGAAACAAAGUUAUUACUACUUUUCAUCUGUGCCUCGAUCACACUCCAGUGCUUCUCGGUCGGUAUGUUGGGAUCGGUCAGUGCCGCCUCCAUUCCUUGGACGUCAGCCGGCCCCGGUCGAGUGGUAAGGACCAAACAUGGAAACUUACGUGGAUUGACACUUCCGGGUGGUGCUGCUCAACCACAAACAACAACCGCUUCACCAGGAGGACAUCGUAAAUCCGUUGGUGGAAGCAACAACAAGAACGUGGAGGCGUUCCUGGGAAUUCCUUACGCUGCUCCGCCAGUUGGUUCUCUGCGCUUCCUACCGCCAGCCAGUCCUGGCCCAUGGACGGGCAUUCGAUCAGCAAACGCUCUACCGCCAGCUUGUCCCCAGCAGCUGCCACCCUUGGCCAACAGAACGGCCAGUCUGGAGACGAUGCCUCGAGCUCGCUAUUACCAACUCAAGAGGAUGCAGUUGCUGUUGGCCAAUCAGAGCGAAGAUUGCCUCUACCUCAACGUUUACGCCCCAUCUGAAGGAUUUGCUGGUGGUGGAUCGACUUCGCUUGCGUCAUCGCCCGUCAUGGUCCUCGUUCACGGCGAGUCCUACUCCUGGGGUGCCGGGCACUUGAUGGAUGGCGCAAUGUUGGCCGGAAAAAGUCGCAUGGUCGUUGUCACCCUCAACUACCGUCUUGGCAUUUUAGGAUUCCUACAGACGGCAGCCAGUCCGACUCCCGGCCAAGUCCGUGGCAAAAGCAAAAGUGCCAUCCCGACGCAAGGCAAUUACGGCUUAUUGGAUAUAGUGGCGGCUGUGCUGUGGCUGAAGGACAACAUCGGCGUCUUUGGCGGCGACUCGAGUCGCAUCACGUUGAGUGGCCACGGAACGGGCGCUGCCCUCGUCAAUCUUCUCAUGAUCUCGCCCAUUGCAGCCGGACUGUUCCAGCGGGUUGUGCUGAUGUCCGGCUCGGCGUUGAGUCCGUGGGCUUUGAAUCAUCAGGCCGGCAAGUUGAAAGCAGAAGUGGCCCGCCAGAUGGACUGCGAGCCGUUUGCCGGAUCGGACGGAGCCGCAAGUGCUGAGCAGAUGAGUUUGGCCGACAUUGGCGACUGCCUACGAAAGAAACCACUCGAAUCGCUCAUGGCCGUCCGCCUUCCGGCGCCUCCGCGAUUCUUUGCAAGUUUCGCGCCUUUCGUCGAUGGCGCCGGGAUCGUCGCCAUCGAUCCGCUUCGCGCCAUGCAAUCGGCGAGCGAGGAUUUCGCUCGCAUCCCACUCGUUGCCGGAGUCACUUCCAUCGAGAGCUAUCGCUACACUGGGGAUGCGGAUUUACGGAACGGGAUCAGCGAAGACAAACGGGAUCGUUCGCUGCGCACUCUGAUCCGCAACUUUUACCAGUACCAUCUCAAUGAAAUCUUUUACGUCUUGCGGAACGAGUACACGGAUUGGGAUCGUCCGUCGGCGCUGGACGACUUGUCGAUGCGCGACAGCCUGUCGUUGGCACUGAGCGACGCCCUGGUGGUGGCCCCACUCAUGCACGUCGUUCACCUGCACGCCCAGCGAUCGACAAACCCGUCGGGGACCUUUUUCUACCACUUCCAGGGGCAAAUGUUGGCCAGCGUCAUCCAACAGCAGGUCCAAGACGUCGACCUUUCCGAGUAUCACCGUCUAGGAAGCGUGACGGGUGACGAACUGGAAGCGCUGCAAUUGGACGCCACAGCCAACGGAGCUUCGUGGUCGUCGGCCGACGGUAAUAACCACGAAGCAGCGAGCAGCGCCGGUUACACGGUCAUCAACGUGACGGAAACCACAAGAGAACCGACAACAUCAGGCACUCAGCUCCUCCCAUUUCUGGCGUCUUUUGCUAGCACUGGGGAUCCUAAUUUGGAGAUCGGAAGCAAAGGAGAGCUGAUGCCGCGAUCCAAACUCCGAUGGGAGCCAUUCAAUUUACAUUCGCAGUACUACAUGGUCUUUGGAAAACAACAGCAACAACAGCACGCCCAUUUGAAGACUCACUACCGGGGUCACCAGAUCGCCGUCUGGCUGCAACUGAUUCCGUCGUUGCAUCAGACAAGUGGCGAUGGAACCGGAACUCAUCCGUCCAUUCAUCACACAUUCGAUCAGCAUAACACUCCAGCUGACCAAUUCUACGAAGGAGUCGUUCGGUUGUCCGGCAACAACAUUACUAGAACGAUUGGACGGUCCCAGGAUUCCCCGCUGACGUCGGACGAGGAUCCAGUUGCCACCAGCGCAACAGUGGUCGAGUGUAGCAGUUCCGUCAACGGUCACAAGCGAAAUGGUCACAAUGAGACGCUUAACGGCACAUCACCAGGAACGGGGGAUUGGACAAUAGUGAAACCAAGUGUAAUGGCGUCGGAGACGGGCUCUUCUUCUUCCACUGUUCCGUCGCCGGGGAAUAAUAACAACAGCACAUCUGUCAGCGUUGCUGGAGGAGAAAGUCGGCUGGUGUUGGGUUUCUUUUGGACCAACCAGGCGACGCUGAGCAUCAUCUUGGUGCUGGGAAAUAUUUUGCUGAUUGUUAACUUGAUUCUCUUCGUCACCAUCUAUCGUCGCAGUCGGUGCGGCAAUUGCAAACGAAACGGCGACGACAACGACGUAGACACAGAAAAUACCAUCCAAAGGAUAUCGGACGGUCAGUUGGAGGGUCGAGUGGCGAGGCAAUCGAUUGAAUCGAUGACCGAUUUGCGCCAGUUGGUCAUCAGCCAUUGCCACCAGCAUCCGCGUAAUCAUCCGGAUAUCACGUCACAAGCACUCGUUCAACAACAUCCUCCUCCUCCUCCGCAACAACCGCUUUUAGCCAGUGGGGUCGUUUCGUCUGACUUGACGACCAGCACCAGGUUGCCGUCUCCUCAACCUUUUCUGCUCAGAGUGCCAUCACCUCAUCAUCAGUUUUUGCUGGACGAGAGCAAUAAAAGCGCAACUUUACCCUGCAGCAAAAAAGCAGGACAAAAUCCUCCACAAUCUUCAGCGGUUUAUCAGCAAGCGAGUGCCAAAUCAAUUCAAGAGAUCAACGUGUAAAUAGUUUCGUUUCUUCAUCUCUCAGUACUUUCAGUGAAUGUCUACAAUUUUGUGCAAGCUUGCGUGCGAGAGCCCUUCAACAGUGAACAAUACUUGACAUCUCCCGGUGAAUUAUACCGUACCGACUAAUUUGUGAUUUUUCGCUCAACUGCCCCGAUUUGUGAGAAAAAGCCAAUCCAAUUCGUCUAACGAAUGUCGUUUUCGUCUCUCGACUAAAAACCUACUGGUCAUUAGGAUUUAUAUUGCCUCAGUUUCACGAUGUGUUAAUAUCCAUCUCGUGUAUCAUAAUGACUGUGUACAUUAAUAAGUGACUUUGUUGAUUAAGAAAAUUAAAUACAAGUCACUCUAUCAGCAUCAUACAUUCUCGAAUGUAUGAUGCUUUGUUGCUGGUAA